AAACCUGAAUUGGAUUUGCGCUUGCUCUCCUCACGGAUUAGUUCAUUUCAGGUGUAUGGGUUUUCUAUACGCGUUUGUUAUUAGUUAGUAGUGUUGGUUCUUUUGUUGUUGGUGUAGUGUAUUGGUGACAAGAAUAUGACAACGAGUUUUUGACCAGAUCUGGGGACGGUAAUUCGUCGACCCAUGCGGUGACAUGGGCAGUUGUCUCGUACUUGUCGUUUGGUGCGUUUCAAGUGUAUCUUAUAUCUGUAGCGUUGGACUGUAUCUAUCGUUUUUGAAUAUCGUACUAUAUUACUAUUGGUGUAACAUUUUUGAAUAUUGUGUCAGAAUUUUUGAAGAUACUGAUAAUCGUAAUUACAUAAAUUUAUCUUAAUUUGACAAAUACUAAACCGUUUUCGUUUAAAAAUAAAUCGUUUGUGGUGAAAAACUGUUUAAAAAAAGUGGGACUUUAUGAACAAAUAUUGGUCCGAAAUGAGUGGAUUUUUUGGAAAAAAAUAUUUAAAUGUGAUUUGAUUUAAAAAAAAUAAUAAAUAAAUUAGAAAAAGUUACUAAAGAUAUUAAGACAAAUGAUUUCUAUGCGUUCGUGACGAUAGUGAAUCUGUUUCUGACGAUAAACAUUGCAGAAGUGAAAAUUUAAAUUCGGCGCACAACGUGGGUGAAUUUUGCACUACGAAGAUACAUCAAUUUUCAUAAUGCUUCCGGAGAAUUUCGCACCGAGUAGUCCCACUACCAGUAUCAGUAGCAGUGCCAGCACUAUCAACACAACUUCCAGCUACCACACGAAUAGCCUGAAAAGUAUGGAGCACAUAAUGUCGCGCCUCCAAUCACUCGAUUGUCCACCACUAUCCAUGUCGCCGCCGUUCCCUAGCAAACCGCAUCAUCAUCAACAACAACAACCCCAUCUUCCCUCAUCACAUCCUCUAGUUCCGCACCCUCAUCAACUGGCUGGGAUGAAACCAAAACGAUGGGGCUCACCACCAGUAAACCUUGCCGCUCAAUUCAUUAACCCAGUGACGGGCAAAAAACGCGUCCAGUGCAGUAUAUGCUUUAAAACGUUCUGCGACAAGGGUGCAUUGAAAAUUCACUUCUCAGCCGUUCAUUUGCGGGAAAUGCACAAGUGUACAGUGGAAGGAUGCAACAUGGUUUUUAGCUCAAGGCGAUCCCGAAAUCGACACAGCGCUAAUCCGAAUCCUAAGCUCCAUUCGCCACAUAUCCGACGGAAAAUUUCACCGCACGACGGACGAACUGCUCAACCCUAUCCAAUGUUGUUCCAAUCACCUGCUGGUUUGAUACCUCCAAAUCCGGUUCCUGGUGCUGGGGUGUAUCCCUUCGAUAGAUUUCCACCUAUCAUUCCACCACCUGGAUAUCCUGCAUCGAUUUUCGAUUUAGGAGGACCAAUGAGCCAAUGUCAUACGUUACCGAACAUGAUGGGCCACGACAAUGAUAUUGACAUCCAGGAAGAUAACGAAAGCAUAGCGGAGGAUGUUAAAUACGAAAGUGAUAUAGAGGACGAUGUUAUCGACGAGGACUCAAACGAGCCUUUAGACUUCAGCAUGAAAAAGAAUAUCAGUGAGCGAUUGAGACCGACGGAAACUGAAUCUCCUUUGUCUAGCAAGGGUUCUGCCUCAGAACGCCAACCUGCGAAUUUCUCCGUUGCCCGCUUGUUGGAGGAUUCAAGUCCUAGUCGCCGAACAUCAAACGACGGAGAGGAGCUCUUAGACUUGUCAACAAAAUCCGACAGCGGGUCCACUACACCUCCACCUCAAGACCUUGCACCUCUCGCUUCUGGCGAAUUGCAAUCACCAUUCCCAGGGCUUCCUAUCCCUCCACACAAGGGUGCGAUGUGGAAUAUCCUUUCAGAAGUAUACCGGUCCAUGUUAAUGAAUAACAGCCUUAAAGCGCAAUAUAGCGAACUGCAAUCGAAGCCAAUAUCAGUUUAACUUUUAGCCCUAGAAACAAACAUUAUAUAAGGAUUUAGUUGGAGUAUUUACAUGAAAACAAUGACGUAUUCGGAAAGAAUUACUUAACUAGUGGAGGGGUUGAUUCUCUCCUGGUAUGUAGGCAUUAAGUGCAAUACGAGGUAUAAUUAAUGUUAAAUUGAUAGUUUCCUUAUAAUUUUAUGUGGAGUCCUUUUAUCUUUUCUGUUUCAAAAUGGGUCAUUUUAUGAACUGUCAAUGGAAGUAUACUAUUUAGAUACAAUUUUUAUUUGUGCUUUAAAAGUUCAGGAGAUGUUCUAGUUUAUGUUUUUAUUAUUUUUUAUUUUUAAGUUAAUUUUAUCAAAUCAUGUGUAAGUAAUUUUAGGAAUAACGUGUUAAGCUCAAAAAUGAUGUAAAAGGAAAGUCUGAAGAAAUAAAACAUGUAAAAAUACAA